AUGGCCGUGCAGGAGCUACCGGAGCUUUCAUGUCCGACCACCAUGUCGUCGCCGCGUGUUCCUAGAUUGACCAUGGAUAUCGACGGAUGGUGUUGCUUUCGUCGUAGGUGGAGAAGAGGCUGCAAGACAUUGACGGCAGCGCCGUCAAAAGCUGCGGCGAGCGGUUGUGCGACCACGGACGGGCGAUCUGUGAGCUUCCGGAGGUGGCGGCUAGACAGGUGCUGCUUUUUGUCGGUGUCGGUUGUGCGUGUCGGUAGCCGGAUUGCGACGUCGGGAUCACUGGAAAUUACGCCGGCGGUCGGAGAUGCCUUCUAG